AUGGAGACGGAGUCGGUGUCGGUGUCGGUGUCGGUGUCGGUGACGGCAACAGGGGCACAGGGAAAUGGAAAGCCAAACGGGUAUGGCACCGACAAUGUUGCCAAUGAGUUCGCCAAAAUGUCGGCUGCUUCUGCGUACAACUCUCCACCGCCGCCCAUGCACGAGGACGAUGCGUCUAGCAAUGGCAGUGCUGGGAAACGUCGACGCUGUCGCACAAAUUUCAACACCUGGCAGUUGGAGGAGCUCGAGCGCGCCUUCCUCAGCAGCCACUAUCCGGAUGUAUUCAUGCGUGAGGCAUUAGCAAUGCGUUUGGACUUAAAGGAGGGCCGCAUAGCGGUCUGGUUUCAAAAUCGUCGCGCCAAAUGGCGCAAGAAGGAGCAUACGAAGAAGGGACCCGGCCGGCCAGCCCACAAUGCGCAGCCGCAAAGCUGCAGCGGAGCUCCCAUACCGUUACCCGAGCUACGCGCCAAAGAGCGGGCCCAGCAACGCAAACGCAUUGCCAAGGCCAUUGAGCGGCAGGCGCGGAAGCUGCGAUUGAAGGGCAUUGAGGUGAAUCUGGAGCAGCUGCGGUCGGACUAUAUGGCGCAACAUGGCCUCCAAUUGAUGGCCGGGGCCGACGAGGAAGAAGCAGAGAAGGUGGGAGCUGUGGCUGGCGAUGACGACGAUGAGCUGCCCAUUGAUGUGGUGGGCGGCGUGGGUGGCGAUAGUCUGGAAAAUUCGCCACUACCCGCGCUACCAGCCCCGACGCUGCCCCCCAAGCAAGUGCACAAGGGCCACCACCACUCCUCGUUCAGCAUUGAGUCGCUGCUGGGCGGUGCUGCAAUGCAGACAUAA